CGGAAUUCUGCAACGUCAAUCAACAGCUUCGUAGCUGUGUCUCGAGGAGACUGCGAGGCUCGACGUCGCUCACUGUUCCCGUGAAGGAGACUACGAGGAGGGAAUAGCAUGCGCGAUGGAGGCUCCUGGACCCUUGACCCCGCCUGCUCCGGAGGUCGCGGAAGAGGACAAAGAUGAGGAGGAGGAGUUUGACGACGAGCCGCCAUUUGAUGAGUGGGAUCUGCAGCACGAGCAUCGAGAUGCAGACUCCGCUUAUGGCGAUGACACCGGUAGCAGGAUGAACUACGGCUCCAUAAGUGAGAGCAUAUACAACUUUCGCGAGGAGAAUGGCAGGACUUAUCAUGCAUACCGCAAUGGACAUUCUUACGUUCUCCCCAACGAUUUGAGAGAACAAUACAGAAUGGACCUCGCGUACCACUCCAUUUUGCGGAUGUUUGACGGGAAGCCCUUUUUUGCACCCAUAGAGAAUCCCCAGAGGAUUGUUGAUAUGGGCACUGGGACGGGUAUCUGGGUCGUGGACGUUGGUGAUCAGUACCCCUCCGCGCACGUCUUGGGAAUCGAUAUCAGUCCUAUCCAGCCGAGUUGGGUCCCUCCAAACGUGGAAUUCCGAUACGAUGAUAUCAACUUACCAUGGGUGUACGAACAACCCAUAGACCUUGUGCACAGCAGGAUCUGCUCCGGACUUGCAAUCCGCGACUGGCCAAAGUACCUUUCUGAGAGUUACCGCUGUCUGCGGCCAGGCGGCUGGGUCGAGGCCCAAGAGUUCUACAUGGAAGCCAAAAGCGACGACGACUCAUUUCCCCCAGACAGCGCGAUCAUCCAGUGGCACGAGGCGUGCAACAAAGGAUUCUCGCUUGCUGGUUGCAAUGUGCGCGUCUCGGCCCAGGAUCUCAAGAGUUUAAUGAAAGAAGCCGGGUUUGUGAAUAUUCAGAUGCUGGAGAUGAAGUGGCCGAUGAGCCCAUGGAAUGAGGAUGAGAAGCUGAGGGAGGCGGGCCUGUACAUGAUGGAUAGUACAUUGCGUGAGCUCCGUGGGAUAUCCUUGGAGGUCUUGACCAAAAUUCAGGGAUGGAAAAUCGAGGAUAUGGACUUAUUGCUCGCGAAGGUUAAGAAGGAAUGGUUCCGAGAGGAUAUCCAUGGAUACUGGCCACUAUUUGUCGUAUACGGCCAGAAACCUUUAGAUACCUGAGGGAAAGGGAUGAGCAUGUUUUGAACUCAGCGGACAGAUCGUUACGAAAUCAUUUUUCGGACUUCUGUCUUCCGAACUUGACAUCAAGCUUCGACGAUCCGAGUGUAGCGGGAGAUAUUAUGAGUGCGCGGGAUAACGAGUGAGCGGAAUGGUAACUCGAACUUCUUGACAUUUAGAUGGAAAGGGCGAGGAAAAUCUAUCGAGUCUGUUGAGAGCGCGAGGUUGUGACAAAAAAGGGGGAGAAACUGGACUCGGGCGCACUUCACUUGAAUCACCAUGCUUUUUCGAGAUGAGCUGUUACAAAUUUGAGACUAAACUUUUCUUCGAUGAAGGCUUUGCGCAAAUUAGAUCAAGACUCUCUGAGCUUCUCCUCG